CGUCCCUUGAUUUUAAACACACUUGCCUUUUUCGGCGAUCGUCUUUGAUCCCGCGUCCGUUUCCGUGCAAUUUCUGUUUUGUACUAGGUACCAUAGGGGAAUCCAGAACACUGGUAGCGUUACUACUGGGUCCACCCAUGGCCACCAGCAGACUCUGCCAGCGCACUUUCUCCGCCUUCAAGCCAUCCAACCGACUGUGGGUACCAGUAUCUUCGAGAUGGGGACUGAACCAAGUGACACAGCAGCUUGCUCUCACAUCUCGCUUUUCUCUCAUAACACAGAACCUCGAUGCCUUCUCCUCGCGUCCCGUCGCACGAGCCAACCUACUCCUCGGUGGUAUCCUCGAGGAAUCCAAACGUCCUGAUAUUAUCUUUCUCCAAGAAGUCACGUCCGAUGUCCGCACCUCUAUCCUGGGCAAUCCGAAAGUUCGCGAAGCCUUCCUGGUGACGGAUGCUGAGGACCAAACAUCGUUCGAGGGAGUACCCUUUGCGAAUAUGACGUUGCUGUCUAGCAAGCGCUUUGCCUUCGACUUGGAGUUGCAGAAGGAGGAGGAUGGGGUCGAGAGAGGGGAGAAGUUCAUGCUUGGUCCCGUUUCCCGCGUCAAACUCCCCAGCAAGUAUGGGAGGUGUGCGCUUUCCGUGGACAUCAUCCCCCCAUCCACCCCAACCACAACCUGUCGUCUCGUCAACGUUCAUCUCGAUUCUCUUGGGGACACGCUCCCUUACUGUACUGAGCAGAUGGAGAUCCUUGCCAACCUCCUGCGUGAGCCUGGAUGCGGUGGUGGACUGAUCGUGGGAGACUUCAACGCCAUCAGCCCUGAGGAUCAUGCUCUCCUCGACAAGAACGGACUGGUGGAUGCGUGGGUCGCGUUGCAUGGAAAGAAAGGGCUUGAUGGAGCUAUGUGGGGAGUGGGGGUAGAACGACAUUAUAUAGCACUUUUCUAUAUGGGUCGUGGUUAAGAAGGGGUCGUUUCAAGACAUUUCACAAAUAUAAUCCUCCACUGGAACUGUUCCACUGGAGGGUCAGAGUACCAGGGUAUCGACAACAAUGAUCUCCACUGGAACCAUUCCACUGGAGGGUCACAGAGUACCAGGGUGUCAACAACAAUGAUCUCCACUGGAACAGUUCCAUCGGAGG